AAUCAGUCUGCGUCGCUUCUGAUCAUUUAGACAUGCAUCUCACUCUUGAAUUCGGGGGCGGUCUGGAGCUGCUCCUGGAGAAAUCCACCAAGGUGCACAAGGUGGAUGUCCCGCCCAUGGACGACCAAGGCAAGGCCACGAUGAAAGGGCUGCUCUCUUGGGUGAAGUCCAAUUUGAUCAAGGAGCGGCCGGAGAUGUUCAUCAAGGGUGAUUCCGUGAGGCCUGGGGUUCUUGUCCUUAUAAAUGACUGCGACUGGGAAUUGUGUGGUGGCCUUGAUGCAGAGUUGGAAGAUAAGGAUGUGGUUGUCUUCAUCUCCACACUACACGGUGGUUGAUUUAAUGCUUUUGUUGCCUACUACAUAUUGUACCGUAUAAGAAACUGAUGGAAGAUACUGGGUUUCGUGAGUUGUGGAAAAGAAACGAAAUGCAUUUUCAAUGCCACUAUGAUUUUCUCCUUAUUUCACUACUAGGUGGAAGAUCCAUUGGCUAUUGUUGAUCUAUACUCAUAACCACUGUAACAAUGAAUAGUCCUUGCCUUUUGAUAUAGGUUUGGAAUUGUAACAACAGUGGAUAGAAUUUCCAUUCUUCGAGAUCUUCUCAUU